UGUUUAUCCAUGUAUUAACCGUGAUCAAAGAAAGGAGGGCGCAUUAACCGGUACCUGCUGGCUAAGGCAGGGAACUGCCAUCCCACUGAAGUUCUUUACAGACACAUUUGGACGCGUGGGGUGAAUUGGGGGCCGACGCGGUGGCGGCAGCGCUGCACGGCCGUUCCCCGCGGGGCUCCUCUCAGCUGCUGAGGGGGCGAACAGACACCGCAUGGGUCUGAAUCCACCAAUACCGGCGUGCGGCUCGAGGGCUCCGCUCUCCCGCAGGUGGCAGUCCCAUCCCCGCGCCGCGUUCCCCCGCUGUGACCCCGUGCCCCCCGGGCUGCCCGCCGCCUUCGCCCGCUGCCGUGCUCGGGUUUGCCGAGGGAACGCGCCGUCCUGACCCGCCCGCGACCCCAACCGCACCGGGGAUGGGGCGGGGAGGGAGGGGAGAGGGCUCGGGGGAGCAGCCUGGGGCACGGCGGGGCAGAACCGGAGCGCAGCGGGGCGAUGGGGGACGAGGCGCAGCUCCCCUCGGGCAGCCCGGCCCUGCAGAAGCCGCCUUACACCUACGCGGCUCUCAUCGCCAUGGCCAUCCGGGCCAGCCCCGAGCAGCGCCUGCCGCUCAGCGGAAUCUACAGCUACGUCGCGGGCCGCUUUCCCUAUUACCGCCGCGGCUCUAAGGGCUGGCAGAACAGCAUCCGCCACAACCUCAGCCUCAACCCCUGCUUCCUCCGCCUGCCCCGCCGCUCCGGCGCCCCGCACCGCGGCGGCGAAUGGGCUCUGGACCCCGCCUUCCAGCACGCGUUCCCGGGGGGCGAUUACUGCCGCCGCCGCCGCCGCUCCAAUCUCCCCCCGCCGCCGCUCCCCGGCUGCCCGUGCGGUGCCCGCCCCGCGCUGCCCCGCGGCUGCCGCUGCUCCGUGUUGCCCUCCUGGAGCCCGCCCUGCUGCCCGGGGUGCCAGCAAGCGCUGCCCUCCUGGAGCACGCCCUGCUGCCCGGGGGCCCAACAAGCGCUGCUCACUUGGAGCCCGUCCUACUUCCCGGGCUGCCAACAAGCGCCGCCCGCCUGGAGCGCGCCCUGCUGCCCAGAGUCCCUGCAAGCGCUGCCCGCCUGGAGCCCGGGGCCGCCCCGAGCGCUGCCCGCCGGCAGCUCGGCUUCGCCCCCACUGCAGCCCGCCUGGCCGCUGCCCAGCGUCGCCGCGGCCGCCCAGUGCCCGCCCGAGCCGGGCUCCCGCCGCCCUCUGGCCUCCAGCAGGGCCCCGGUGCUGCCCUGAGGCUUCCAGGUUCCGUCCUGCCCACUUUCCUGGGGAUGCGACUUGUAGAUGGCCCAUCCGUUGGAAGUGUGCGAAGGAAGAUUGGUCUGGAAGAUUCUUGUUGGUUGAGCAGAUCCCCGUUGCGUUGCAGUGGCUGAGAUGUGCUGCUGUGUUUCACAGAGCUGUCUGUGAAAUACCUCCUCUGCAGCGAUUUGUCAGUUCAGAUUUAUUGGUGUUUGAACCUUAAGACCACCCUAAAGGGGGCUGCAGAGCUUGGGCAAGCUCACCUGUGUGUUGUCUUCUUGAAGCUGGAAGUAUACAGAAGGUCAAGGGAUGCCAGUCCUUGGGGAAGUGAAACUUCCAAGUGAAGUACUUGGCACAGUAUUUUUGCAAGUGUCCUUAAACUCAUUAACUCAGUCUUGAGCUUUCAUUUCAAGCUUAUAUAUUUAUCUAUAUAAAUGAUAUGUGUAUUUUUCAGUUUGGUAGAGAAAAAAAUAACCAACCCACAAAGAUCUUUGAAGUGACGCCAGGAAUCUGAUUGCUUUGUAUUUAAAGCAGAGCUAUGUGAGGUUUUGUGUACAGCCAGGGUUGCUUUUUUGCUGCUCCUUAGAGAUGUUUGCACACAUUUGUUCUUAACGUUUUCCUUCUUUCUAUUUUAUGGGGGCGUUUUGUCCUUUUAAUUUCGGAGUUGUUUCUGUGCUUCCCCCUCAAAGUAAGGCUCACGGUCCAAGUAUGCUUCCAGUAAGGGUUGUAUUUCGGUUUGUUAAGGGAAAGUUCAAAUACAGUUUGUGCAGAGCAGCACUUUGUCAUACGUGACGCUUUGUGAGCUCUUCAAUACUCCUUGUAGGAGUUCAUGGCUUCAGAAAGUACCUGAACUGAUUUUUUUUGUUCAUCCCUAGAGAAGUUGGGGCUUAAACCCAGAUCUGUAGUUUGUAUUUUGCAUUUUCUUCUACUUAAAUGAUUCUGGACGUUGCCUUUGAAUUCUAACAAUGCAAUGUCAAUAAAACAUGGAAAUGCUGUAAGGUUCAGCCAGGUGACAGCUUUGAGGCUGGUCCUACAGGAUGCACAUUAAAGACCUUGCAGUUCUGUUAUUCUCCAUGUUGCUCUCUGUCUCCCUGCAGGCACCCCCGGUGCCCCCACGCUAUAAAACCAACACAGCACCCACAGUGGGACACAGCGAUGAAAGAACUGUUGCAUGUUGAAGCUGGCAGUAAGUCUGUGUGUAAGGACAACAAAGACCUCCAGAGUUUUGUUCUGGAGAAGUUUUUCGGUCCCUGCUGUGCUUUAGAUCAUAUAUGAAUAAUGCACGUUUGUGAAACUACCACUGCUGUGUUUGGGGUGUGAAGUUUGACCCCUGGACAGUCAUUAAUCCCACUGUGCACAACAAUUAGGAAAAUAAGAAGAGUUCUGAAAGUUGGUGUUUGUGUGUGUGUGCUUCUCACCUUGUUUUUCCAGCUGAGUUGUUUCUUUGCCAGUUAGCAUGAUGUCACAUCACUGGUUUACAUGCUGGGGGAAAAGAAGAGCACCCCUUUCCCCUCCUUGCCAGGGCUCCCCUAUGUUCUCCUGAGGGCUUUUUCUACUCCUUGCUUUCAGGCACCUGUGGGCCACAGGCUGAGCCACCUCUGUCAUAGGAUUGUGCACAGAGGUUGUGGAGCUGGGACUGCCAAGAGGGACCUCCUGAGCAGCCUGCCCUGUGGGGAGUGUCUGCACACACAAGAAAGGAGAACAAGAGCUGAUUGCAUUUCUGAAGGGGCUGUGCCUGUUUUCCCCAGCUCACCUGCUGUAAGGGCAGGUGUCAGCAGCUCCGUUCAGGCCCUGGCAGCUGCAGCCCAUCCACACUAACGAGGCCCAGAAGCUUCUAUGGGUGAGGGGGAGGUGUUGGGUGGAGGAGUUCCUGGGUUUUGUGCUUUCUGUUCCCCUGCAGGGAGAUCUGCUCCUGCCUUUUGGAUUUGGGAUUGCUUUUGGAGCACAGCUCUACGUGGUCUGGUGGUUACCUGGCAGGGCAUGGAUUAGAAGCCAGCCAGCCGCUACAGCCAGCAGCAAUGUUCUUGUGCACCAAAUUGCUGUAGAGCAGGAUUAGGAAGGGAGAUGUCUAGGAGCCUGACGCUUGGUGUUUCCAACCACAUCCGCUGUGCAAAGGGAUGCUGGGCAGACCAUGCAAGUAUGGUGCACCCGGAGCAGAGAAGACAGAAACCACCCUCAAAGUGAUGUGCGGAUAAACGCCAAAAGGAGGCGCUAUGAAAGACUGGCAACUAAGGGCAUGGUGUGCUGGUUUAACACUAGUGCACGCCUCGUGUUGGAUGGACUGGCAGUGCCACGUGGGCACCUCUGACUGUUUAUUCCUUCAAACCCCAUAGCACUUUUCUCUCAAUAACCCAGAGGGAAAGCAGCAACCCGCCUCCCCUUCCUGGACGUCUCCCACCCUUACCCUGCUGCAUUGCAAC